AUGUCCUCCAUCCAAAUCCGCCACUCCACCGAACCCGACGCCCCCACCCUCGCGGCCCUCAACAUCGCCUGCUUCCAGCACCAUAGCUACUGGAAAAACGUCUUCCCCAACAUCGACCCCCAGUCCGCCUUCCCGCUGAAAUACGCACGCGCACUCGAGAAACUGACAGCCCCGGACACACACAUCCUCUCUGCCGUAGACGGGGCCCAAAACAAUCAAGUGGUCGGGUGGGCGAGGUGGACAUUCCCGGGGGAUGUGAACGGAACAGUAGAUGUGUCGGAGGAGGCGAGGGGGACGAUUGAGGCUAGUAGGGGGGUGUUGCCGGAGGGUGCGAACGGGAGAAUCUAUGAGUUGUUUUUUGAGACGUUGAAGGAUAAGAGGGGGGUUUGGUUGGGGGAGGGGGAUUUGAUGCUCGAUUUCCUAGCAACCCACCCCUCCUCCCAAGGCAAAGGCAUCGGAACCAAACUCCUUCAAUGGGGCAUGGAGCGCGCCGAUGAGCGAGACGCGCGCAUAUACCUAGAAGCCACGAUGGAUGGAUACCCUCUCUACGUGAAGCACGGAUGGCGCGAGGUCGAGAAGCUGGUGCUGGAUUUUGAGCCGUAUGGGGGGCAUGGAACGGCGACGUAUAGUUUGAUGAUUCGGGAUCGGAAGUCGGAGAGGGAGAGGAAGUGA